AUGCCGGAGUCCCGCUAUCACUGGUCAGGGGAAGAGGUGAAUGCCAUCGUCUCAAUAUGGUCAGACGAGGCAAUACAGCGUGCAUUACGUUCGUCUGACUCUGAGUACCGAGGUGCCGCCAAGGUGUACCAUGAGAUCUUUGUGCGCCUUCGCAAAUUAGGUUAUAAGGGAACCGUCCAGCAAUGUCGUGACAAACUAAAGAAACUCAAGGGUCAGUACAAAGAAAUUAAGGCAAACAGUUCCGACCGCUGGAGUUAUUUUCCACCGUCAUGGUUCGAUGCCAUGGACGCUGUGCUGGGACAGCGACACAGAAAGCCAGUACUGAGAAGUGGAAAAGCCACCGGAUCACAAAAAAACGGUAAUUUUUCUUCUUCAUUUGCUUUAGGGUCCGAUAACAGCGGUCGUGUACAGAUGCUAGCUGCUGCGUUCACGUACUAGUCGGAACUAGGAAACUCGGAAAUGUCCGACUUGGAAACUAGUUGGCGAAACAUGAGCUCUGAUAUUCCCACUUGAAAGUACCAGAAUCAACCCAUAGGAAGCGUACGCAAAUAACUUACGUUCAUUUUAACUUGGUGGUUCCUCAGUAGUCUUGUCAGAGUGAUUGGAGGAACGACUUUGUCUACUUCGGAAGAACGACUUGGAGCGUUCACGAGCUCAGAAGGAACGCAAGAACCAUUCUCACCAUAGAGCCCCACAGUGACGGUGUCAUAAUACCCAUAAAACCUAGCGAUCAAACAGGAAAAUGGUUCCAAUCAUUUUCCCACCAUUCAUUUUUCCCAUAGGGGAUUUUAGAAACACUUCAAAUAAGGGCUUUGUUUCGUUUAGGCAUACCCUGGUGUGACGUUUUGAUAACCUUGUAAGUCUCUUUCGAGCAAGUAUUAGUCUCUAUUUACUCUGAUUCGAAAAUGCAAAUUAGCAUCAAAGUAGACAUCAUGCAAAACAAAAAAUCCCUGCACGUCAUCUCUAGUAGAUACAUUUAGCAGACGGCAACUCUGGCGUUGCUCUACCAACUGAGCUACACAGGGCCUUUGCUAACAGCUAUUGUCAAUUUAAAACUUGCACAAGACUGUUCACAGAAUUGUCCAUUUAAAGAAAUGUAGCCAAUUUAUUCAUUAUUACAUUUAGCCAACAUUAGAUAGUUAAUCCAGAGAUUCUUACCUUUGCCCCGAUUCGGCAGUCUCGUCCAGAUCAUCAAGGCAUUUGUAGUUCUUAUGAUAGCCACAUUAGCAGCUAAUUAGCGUUUCAUUUUUUGGGGGUAAAUAAAGGCGAAUAUAUUGAUAAAAGUCACCUUGUCCUAGAGAGAUUUACACAGUUAUCAAAACGUCAUGCCAGGGUAAGCCUACACGAAACGCAUACCUUAUUUUAAGUGUUUCUAAAAUCCCCUAUAGGAAAAAUGAUUGGAACAAUUUGACAGCUAGGUUUUAUGGGUAUUAUGACUCAUACUGUGGUACUCUAUUGACAGCUGAAAUUGCGGCAAUGUUUGUUGCCAGUGGUGCGUGACGUCAGAGUUCAACAUGUGGGAAAGAUCGGGGUCAUACCCAAGUUUCCUAGUUGUAAUUCAGAGUUGGAAGGCCGUUCAUGUGCGUUUUUCCCAGUAGGAAGGUCGUAUUUCCGAGUUCCCGACAUGACUUGAACGUCAAGUUGGAAACUCAGACAUUUCCGGAACUAGGAAAAUCAGACAUUUCAGACUUGGAAACUCGUUGAGCUCCAAGUUUCCCACUUGGGAAGUAUCAGAAUCUCUGAGGUUCUGAGUUUCCGACAUAACGUGAACGUGGCAUUAGCCAAAAGCAGCAGAUUUUCGACCAACCUUUACUUGCCGAUACUUUCUUCAUUCUCAAAUCGGAAGUUACCGUUGUCUUCUAAAAAUAACAAAAAAAAUAACAUGCCAUUUAGCAGACGCUUUUAUCCAAAGCGACUUACAGUCAUGUGUGCACACAUUUUUACGUAUGGGUGGUCCCGGGGAUCGAACCCACUACCCUGGCGUUUCAAGCGCCAUGCUCUACCAAUUGAGCUACAGAAGACCACAACUCCCAUGGCCAGUUGCAGGGGGAACGUUUGAAUUUAGAAAAUGCUCCGUUAUUAAAUUAAUUACAUUUUUACUCCAUGAAUUAAUCUAACAAUGUAUUCGCCGCCAUCUUGUAUAUUUGUGAUAUUCUCUCAUUGAUCCAGCCCAAAGUGGGUGUCCAACCCAAAGUGCUGCACAUCAUGAGCGAGACUCAGAAAUCAAGCAUCACCUUGAAUGACACUCACCUGGGGUGUAUUCAUUAGUUGGAUUCUGUUGCAAAAAAAACACAUUUUGCAACGGAAACCGUUUACUCUAGGAAGCAAAUAGAAUAUAACAAGGAGGGACCUACCUGAUUUUUUUCAAUAGAAACUCUCGUUUUCGUUCCAAAAAGUUUUCCAUUUGGCGUGAAUGAUUUCCGUUGCAAAACGUUUGCUCUGUUGCUUCCUAGAGUAAAAGGUUUCCGUUGCAAAAUGUUUGUUUUUUGCAACAGAAUCUGACAAAUGAAUACACCCCUGGCUCGAUCAAUGAGAGAGGAUCAGACAGAUUAGAUGGCAAUGUAUACAUUGUAGGAUUGAUUCAUGGAGCAAAAACUUAUUUAAUUUAAUAACAGAGCAUUUUCUAAAUUCAAGGAUUCCCCCUGCACUAGCCAUCGUAGUUAAGACACCGGUGACUUCGAGAAUGACGAAAGCAUCGGCAAGUAAAGGUUGGUUGAAAAUCUGCUUCUUAAGGCUAAAUAGCAGCCUGUACACAACCUCGGACACAAGCUUUAGCCCUGCUGCCGAGGUGGCUAGUUAUGGCUAGUUACCCCUGGUUAUACUUGAGAACACUAGCCUUGAAAAGUGCAGAGACGACAACAAAGUUUGAAUAUUCAAACAGUUGCUUGUGGAGAUGAAUAGAUGGGCUCAAUUGUUAUUACAUUUCUAGAUAAAUCCUCACUCCAAAAUCACCAGUCUGGCCUCAAGCAGCCGCAAGUUUAGGCUAUUGUUACUAUGUUAAUGCUUCCCCAAAGCUCCUUUGGAAAAGUUUCCAUGGCUGAGGUGUCCACAGUCAAAAUAAAUUGGCCAGGCUCCUGUAUUGGCCCAGUGGCCCUUUUUUCCAUACACGUUUCAGCUGGUAUUUACAUAACAAUGGCGAACUGUGAGUUUUAACACCUCACAAAGCAACUGUCUUGAUGAUGCAGACCGAGAUUGUUGAUUCUGCAAGCCCCAAGUCUUUAGUGUCACUCUCCUGAUGGAAACACAAUUACACUAGAGCUCACAUUAACAUAAAAAACUGGCAACACACUGGUGUGGGGUAAGUCUUAGGUGGAAGGGCAGCAAGAGUUUAUCCAGUCAUUAUGUUAAUGAAAGCUCCAGUGUAAUUUUUUGGAAUGUGUUCAAAUCACAUUUUAUUUGUCACAUGCUUCGUAAACAACCAGUGUAGACUAACAGUGAAAUGCUUACAUGUCGUGGAAAUUCUUACACAGGGACACACAAAGUCAAUCUUAAAUGAAUCCUUGUUUAUUGUCAGCAGGCUGGAGAGGUUCCAACAAACUUAAUGCACCAUAGUGAACUUCUGUCAGAAGCUCUAACGGGGCAGUCCCGUUAGUUCUCUUAUAUACUGCAGACAAGUCAUAUUUGUAUGAUUUAGCUUAUUCAUAAUUAAUUCAUCAUUAACGUUUGCUUCAUGCAUGUGACAGACCAAUACCUCACAAGGCUUCUUCUCUCUAAGUUGAGACCUUGAAACUGAGAUAUCCCUUUCUCUAAACAAGGUUCUGGGCGUACUGCCAAAUUGCAGACACUGAUAGUGAGGAUUCGUUCAAUCAGUCACUUGCAUGAACACAGAAAUUGGUUUAUAGAAAAGCACAAACAUAGAUCAUAGAAAUUGGUAAAUAGAAAAGCACAAACAUAAAAAUGUCCAUCACAUUACUGAAAUAUGACAUUCCCAUCGAUGCAGAGAAUUACAUUUUUUGAAAAAUAAUAACAAGGAAUAAAUACACAAUGCGUAACGAUAACUUGGCUAUAUACACAGGGUACCAGUACUGAGUCAAUGAGCGUCGCUGCACAGCUAUUUUCAGGUCUCUCCAGAGAUGUUCGAUCAGGUUCAAGUCCGGACUCUGGCUGGGCCACUCAAGGACAUUCAGAGACUUGUCCCGAAGUCACUCCUGCGUUGUCUUGGCUGUGUGCUUAGGGUUGUUGUCCUGUUGGAAGGUGAACCUUCGCCCCAGUCUGAGGUCCUGAGUGCUCUGGAGCAGGUUUUCAUCAAGGAUCGCUCUGUUAAUCUUUUCCUCAAUCCUGACUAGUCUCCCAGUCCCUGCUGCUGAAAAACAUCCCCACAGCAUGAUGCUGCCACCACCAUGCUUCACCGUAGGGAUGGUGCCAGGUUUCCUCCAGACGUGACGCUUGGCAUUCAGGUCAAAGAGUUCAAUCUUGGUUUCAUCAGACCAGAUAAUCUUGUUUCUCAUGGUCUGAGAGUCCUUUAAGUGCCUUUUGGCGAACUCCAAGCGGGCUGUCGUGCCUUUUACUGAGGAGUGGCUUCCGUCUGGCCACUCUACCAUAAAGGCCUGAUUGGAGUGCUGCAGAGAUGGUUGUCCUUCUGGAAGGUUCUCCCACCUCCACAGAGAAAGUCUGGAGCUCUGUCAGAGUGACCAUCGGGUUUUGGGUCACCUCCCUGACCAAGGCCCUUCUCCCCCGAUUGCGCAGUUUGGCCGGCUGGCGAGCUCUAGGAAGAGUCUUGGUGGUUCCAAACUUCUUCCAUUUAAGAAUGAUGGAGGCCACUGUGUUCUUUGGGACCUUCAAUGCUGCAGAAAUUUUUUGGUACCCUUCCCCAGAUCUGUGCCUCAACAUAAUCCUGUCUCAGAGCUCUACGGACAAUUCCUUCGACCUCAUGGCUUGGUUUUUGCUCUGACGUACUGUCAACUGUUGGACCUUAUAUAGACAGGUGUGUGCCUUUCCAAAUCAUGUCCAAUCAAUUGAAUUUACCACAGGUGGACUCCAAGUUGUAGAAACAUCUCAAGGAUGUUCAAUAGAAACAGGAUGCACCUGAGCUCAAUUUCGAAUCUCAUAGCAAAGUGUCUAAAUAUUUAUGUAAAUAAGGCAUUUCUGUUUUUUAUUUGUAAUAAAUGUGCAAAAAUGUCUAAACUCUAUUCGCUUUGUCAUUAUGGGGUAUUGUGUGUAGAUGGGUGAAUUCAAGCUGUAACACAACAAAAUGUGGGAGAAGGGGUCUGAAUACUUUCCGAAUGCGCUGUAUACAGUGCCUUCAGAAAGUAUUCAUACCCCAUGACUAAUUCCAAAUUGUUUUGUGUUACAGCUUGAAUUCACCCAUCUACACACAAUACCCCAUAAUGACUAAGUGAAAACAUUGUUUUAGAAAUGUUUGUAAAUGUAUUAAAUUAAAAACAGAUCUCAUUUACACUGAACACAAAUAUAAAUGCAACAUGCAACAAUUUCAAAGAUUUUACUGAGUUACAGUUCAUAUAAGGAAAUCAGUCAAUUGAAAAGUUAAUUAGGCCCUAAUCUAUGGAUUUCACAUGACUGGGAAUAGAGCUAUGCAUCUGUUGUAGGGGCGUGGAUCAGAACCAGUCAGUAUCUGGUGUGACCACCAUUUGCCUCAUGCAGCGCAACACAUCUCCUUUGCAUAGAGUUGAUCAGGCUGUUGAUUGUGGCCUGUGGAACUCCUUCAAUUUGCACGUUGCUCCAAAAAAAUACCCCACCCAGGCGCAUACAGGCACAUUAAAUGACAAAGGGAACUGUUAACCAUGAAUACACAUAAAUAGGCCAAAUUGUAAAUGUUAAACAUGAAGUACAGAAGAUUGCCUACAUGACAUAGAGAACUUUAAUACGACAAGGUUGUUGGCAAUGCACCUUAACAGCACACUGGUCAGAAAUAGCCAGUGGUUGGUUGUUUGUGUGUGCGUUUAUCUGAUCUGAUGCUUUCACAGACAAAUCACCAUCCAGUUGGACACCUGAUGAACCUCCACAAACUUCAGGGUCUGGGGUGAGAACUUCAGCUUCUAGGCUGUUGGAGUUGACUGAUUCCUCUGAAGAUUAUGGUACGUCAUCUAGUACAAGUUUGUGGAAUGGAUUAGAACUGACUUUGUAAGCUCUAACCAUCUGAGGGACUGGCCUGUAAUGGCCAGAAGUUGAGGGAACACUUAUCUAGUACACAUUUUUCAUAAACCGUACUGUAAACUUGCUAGCUAAUAUUGUUUACCAGUUUCUGACUGCUUUCAACUGAUGCUGUUGUUUCACAGAGGAAUCUGGAUACCACUGGUCGUCUAAGGAGGUUCAGGCAUUGUUAACACUCUGGGCAGAUAAGAGAGUUCAGAAGCACCUCCUCUCCUAUAAAAACGAGCACGUCUAUGCCAAAUUUAGUUCAGAGCUUGCCGUCCUGGGUUUUAAAAGGACGACAAAGCAGUGCAGACAAAAGAUACAAGUACUGAAAAAGGAAUACAAAAAAAUCAAGGAUAACAAUAACAUGAGUGGUUCCAUCUAUCGUGAAGAGAGUUGGUUUGCCAUCAUUGAUAGUGUCCUCUGUCACCAACCAAGUACUUUGGAGUCUGGGGUGUUAAAUUCAGAUGCCAAGCUUUUGGAGUCGCCUGAUUCCCAACAAGAAAUGGGAGAUUUUAGUAAGUUAAGUUGUACAGCAUCUAGUUCUCAUGUUUAACACUAACUUUGUUACCACAAGCUUGGUAAUUAACUAUGUUUGUCUUUGUGUGAGUACUGUCAACUGUGCUGUUGUAUUCACAGACACAUCUCCAUCCAGUUGUACACCUGAUGAGGACCAUGGUCAACAAUCAGAAGCCUCAGGGUUUGGGGAGAUAAAUGCAACUACUCUACUGUUUGAAUCGACUCCUGAUUCCGCUGUAGACGAGGAACAUACUGGUAAGUUAUCUAGUAGAGUGUUUUUCAACUUUUUUUGUACCAGGGGCUAGCCAGGGGUGGGAGGGCCAAGAGACCAGAGGUGGCAGUGCUCGGUUGGGGUGUAGGGUUUGAGCAUAGCCUGAAGGUAGGGAGGGGCGGUUCCCCUUGCUGCCCAAUAGGCAAGCACCAGGGUCUUGAAAUCGCUGCAAGCUUGGACUGUGAGCCAGCUAGCGGACUUGCAUGGAUGUCUACUAACCAUCUGAGGGACUGGCCAGUAAUAGCCAGAAGUUGAGAAACACUUAUCUAGUACACAUUUUGAUGAACCGUACUGUAAGCUUGCUAGCUAAUAUUGUUUACCAGUUUCUGACUGCUUUCAACUGAUGUGGUUCUUUCACAGAGGAAUCUGGAUACCACUGGUCGCCUAAGGAGGUUCAGGCAUUGUUAACACUCUGGGCAAAUGAUAGUGUUCAGAAGCAGCUUCUCUCCUAUAAAAACGAGCACGUCUAUGCCAAAUUUAGUUCAGAGCUCGCCGCCCUCGGAUUUAACAGGACAUCUAAACAGUGCAGAGACAAACUAAAAAAGCUGAAACAGGAAUAUAGAAGAGUCAAGGAUGACAAUAACAAGAGUGGUUCCAAUCAUCGUGGAGAAAGAUGGUUUGCCAUCAUCGAUAGUGUCCUCUGUCACCAACCAAGUACUUUGGAGUCUGGGGUGAUAAAUUCAGAUGCAAAGCUUUUGGAAUCGACUCAACCCGAUUCCCCGCAAGAAGUGGAGGAUUCUGGUAGAUUGUCUCGUGCAGCUUCUCAAUCACAUUUUUAACACAGUAACAAACUCAGCUCCAUCAUACAUUGAAUCAGAUGGCUCAUUCAUCACAAAACCCACUGAUAUUGACAAUUACUUUAAUGAUUUUUUUAAUUUGCAAGAUUAGCAAACUUAGGCAUGACAGCAACAUGCUGACACUACACAUCCAAGUAUAACUGAUCAAAUUAUGAAAGACAAGCAUUGUAAUUUUGAAUUCCGUAUAGUGAGUGUGGAAGAGGUGAAAGAAUAGUUGUCUAUCAACAAUAACAAGCCACCAGGGUCUGACAACUUGGAUGGAAAGUUACUGAUAAUAGUGGACGAUAUUGCCACUCCUAUUUGCCAUGUCUUCUUCAAUUUAAGCCUACUAGAAAGUGUGUGCCCUCAGGCAUGGAGGGAAGCAAAAGUAAUUCCGCUACCUAAGAAUAGUAAAGCUCCCUUUACUGGCUCAGAUAGUCGACCAAUCAGCCUGUUACCGACCCUUAGUAAACUUUUGGAAAAUGACCAGAUACAAUGCUAUUUUACAGUAAACUAAUUGACAACAGACUUUCAGCACACUUAUAGAGAAGGACAUUCAACAAGCACAACACUUAUACAAAUGAUGAUUGGCUGAGAGAAAUUGAUAAUAAAAAGAUUGUGGGGGCUGUUUUGUUAGACUUCAGUGCGGCUUCUGACAUUAUCGAUCAUAGUCUACUGCUGGAAAAACGCAUGUGUUAUGGCUUUACACCCCCUGCUAUAUUGUGGAUAAAGAGUUACCUGUCUAACAGAACAUAGAGGGUGGUCUUUAAUGGAAGCCUCUCCAACAAAAUCCAGGUAGAAUCAGGAAUUCCCCAGGGCAGCUGUCUAGGCCCCUUACUUUUUUCAAUCUUUACUAAUGACAUGCCACUGGCUUUGAGUAAAGCCAGUGUUUCUAUGUAUGCGGAUGACUCAACACUAUACAUGUCAGCUACUACAGCGACUGAAAUGACUGCAACCCUUAACAAAGAGCUGCAGUUAGUUUCAGAAUGGGUGGCAAGGAAUAAGUUAGUCCUAAAUAUUUGAAACUAAAAGCAUUGUAUUUGGGACAAAUCAUUCACUAAACCCAAAAUCUCAACUAAAUCAUGUAAUGAAUAAUGUGGAAAUUGAGCAAGUUGAGGUGACUAAACUGCUUGGAGUAACGCUGGAUUGUAAACUGUCAUGGUCAAAACAUGUUGAUACAACAGCAGCUAAGAUUGGGAGAAGUCUGUCCAUAAUAAAGCGCUGCUCUGCCUUCUUAACAACGCAGGUCCUACAGGCCCUAGUUUUGUCGCACCUGGACUACUGUUCAGUCGUGUGGUCAGGUGCCACAAAAAGGGACUUGGGAACAUUACAAUUGGUUCGGAACAGGGCAGCACGGCUGGCCCUUAAAUGUUUUAUUUUAUUUAUUUAACCUUUAUGUAACUAGGCAAGUCAGUUAAGAACAAAUUCUUAUUUACAAUGACGGCCUACCAAAAGGCCUCCUGCGGGGACGGGGGCUGGGAUUAAAAAAAUAAAUAUAUAUAAAUAUAGGACCAAACACACAUCGCAACAAGAGAGACAACACUACAUAAAGAGAGACCUAAGACAACAACAUAGCAUGGCAGCAACACACGACAACACAGCAAGGUAGCAACACAACAUGGUAGCAACACAACAACAUGGUAGCAACAUUAAUGAUAUGCAUGUCAAUCUCUCAUGGCUCAAAGUGGAGGAGAGAUUGACUUCAUCACUACUUGUCUUUGUAAUUAGUGUUGACAAGCUGAAUGCACCGAGCUGUCUGUUUUUAAAUUACACCCAUGCAUACCCCACAAGACAUGCCACCAGACGUCUCUUCACAAUCCCCAAGUCCAGAACAGACUAUGGAAGGCGCAUAGUACUACGUAGAGCCAUGACUACAUGGAACUCUAUUCCACAUCAGGUAACUGAUGCAAGCAGUAGAAUCAGAUUUUUUUUUUUAAACAGAUAAAAAUACACCUUAUGGAAUAGGGGGAUUGUGAAGAGACACACACCAGUACAGAUACACGCAUACGCACACAGGCGCUAGCACACCCACUCUACACACGUACAUUGUAAUAUUGUUGUAUGGAGGUAUCAUACAUUUUGUGUUGUGGUGGUGUGACAGUGUUAUAUGAUGUACUGUUUCAUCUUUUGUUUUAUGUGUAAUGUAAGUGCCUUAAGGUGUUUGGACCCCAGCAAGAGUAAUGGGGAUCCCUAAUAAAAAAUAUAUAAUACAAAAAUACAAAUACUGCAAACUUGGUAAUUAGCUAUGUUUGUCUGUUUGUGUUAGUACUGCCAACUGAGCCGUUGCUUCCACAGACAAAUCUUCAUCCAUUUGGACACCUGAUGAGGUCCAUGGUCUCCUUGGUCACCAACCAGGAACUUCAGGGGCUGAGGUGAUACAUUCAGCUACUAUGCUGCUGGAGUCGACUCAACCUGAUUCCCCUGUAGUAGAGGAACAUUCUGGUAAGUUAUCUAGUUAGUACAGUCUUUCUCAACCCUUUUUGUACCAGAUUAGCCACAUUUGUUACUCUUCCUUGGGGGACUGCUUGGAUUGAAACUAUUUUACCACUACUAGCCUACCGACUCAAUGUCUGCUAACCGUCUGAGGGACUGGCCAGUAAUAACCAGAAGUUGAGAAACAAUUAUCUAGUACACAUUCUUCAUAAACCGCACUGUAAGCUUGCAAGGUAAUAUUGUUUACCAGUUUCUGGCUGAUUUCAACUGAUGUCGUUCUUUCAUAGAGGAAUCUGGAUACCACUGGUCGUCUAAGGAGGUUCAGGCAUUGUUAACACACUGGGCAGACGGUAGUGUUCAGAAGCAGCUUCUCUCCUAUAAAAAUGAGCACGUCUAUGCCAAAUUGAGUUCAGCGCUCGCUGCCAUCGGAUGUAACAGGACAUCGAAGCAAUGCAGAGACAAACUAAAAAAGCUGAAACAGGAAUACAAAAAAAUCAAGGAUAACAAGAGUGGUUCCAACCACCGUGGAGAAAGAUGGUUUGCCAUCAUUGAUAGUGUCCUCUGUCACCAACCAAGUACUUUGGAGUCUGGGGUGAUAUAUUCAGAUGCAAAGCUUUUGGAGUCGACUCAACCUGAUUCCCCUCAAGAAAUUGAGGAUUCUGGUAGGUCGUCUCGUACAGUAACUUGGCCUGUUACCACAAGCUCGGUAGUUAAUAUUGAUUAUGUGAGAACUGUCAACUGAGCUGUUGCUUCCACAGACCAAUCUGCAUCCAGUUGGACACCUGAUGAGGUCCAUGGUCUCCUUGGUCACCAACCAGGAACUUCAGGGGCUGAGGUGAUACAUUCAGCUACUAUGCUGCUGGAGUCGACUCAACCGGAUUCCCCUGUAAAAGAGGAACCUUAUGGUAAAUUAUCUAGGACAGUCUUUCUCAACCUUUUUUGUAACAGGGAUUAGAAAGAUUUGUUUCUCUUCCUUGGGAAACUGCUUGGGUUGAAACUAGCUUACUACUACUAGCUAACUAAGUCAAUGUCUGCUAACCAUCUGAGGGACCGGCCAGUAUUAGCCAGAAGUUGAAAAACACUUAUCUAGUACACGUUUUUCAUAAACCGUACUGUAAACUUGCUAGCUAAUAUUGUUUACUCGCUUUCAACUGAUGUGAUUCUUUCACAGAAAAAUCGGGAUACAGCUGGACGUCUCAGGAGGUCCAUGCAUUGUUAACACUCUGGGCUGAUGAGAGUGUUCAAGAGCAGCUUCUCGCCUAUAAAAACGAGCAUGUCUAUGCCACAUUUAGUUCAGAGCUCGCCGUCCUCGGAUUUAAGAAGACUUCAAGGCAGUGCAGAGACAAACUAAAGAAGCUGAGACAGGAAUAUAGAAUAAUCAAGUUUGACCAUAACAAGAGUGGUUCCAACCAUCAUAGGGAAAGAUGGUUUGCCAUCAUGGAUAGAGUCCUCUGUCACCAACCAAGUACUUUGGUGUCUGGGGUGAUAAAUUCAGAGGCAAAGCUUUUGGCGCCUGAUUCCCAACAAGAAAUUGAAGAUUCUGGUAAGUUGUCUAGUACAGAAUCUAAUACACAAUUUUAACACAGUUACUUUGCACGUUACCGCAAGUUUGGUAGUAAAUAUUGAUAGUGGGAGUACUGUCAACUGAGCUGUUGCUUCCACAGAACAAUCUUCAUCCAGUUGGACACCUGAUGAGGUCCAUAGUCUCUUUGGUCACCAACCAGGAACUUCAGGGGCUGAGGUGAUACAUUCAGCUACUAUGCUGCUGGAGUCGACUCAAUCCGAUUCCCCGCAAGAAGUGGAAGAUUAUGGUAAGUUGUCUAGUACAGCAUCAUCUGAGGGACCAGUCAGCAACAGCCAGAAGAUGAGAAAUACUGAUCUAGUAGCUAUACGUUUUUCAUAAACCGUACCGGAAGCUUGCUAGCUAAUAUUGUUUUCCAGUUUCUGACUGCUUUCAACUGAUGCGGUUCUUUCACAGAGGAAUCUGGAUACCGCUGGACUUUGCAGGAGGUUCACACAUUGUUAACACUCUGGGCAGAUGAGAGAGUUCAGAAGCAGCUUCUCUCUUAUAAAAAUGAGCACGUCUAUGCCAAAUUUAGUUCAGAGUUCGCUGCCCUCGGAUUUAACAGGACGUCGAAGCAAUGCAGAGAAAAGUUAAAAAAGCUGAAACAGGAAUACAGAAAACUCAAGGAUGACAACAACAUGAGUGGUUCCAUCUAUCUUGAAGAAAGCUGUUUUGCCAUCAUCGAUAGUGUCCUCACUCACCAAACAAAAACACAGGCUUAUUCUUUGCCAGGUGCAGAAGACUCUGGUAAGUUAACUUUUACUGUGUACAUUCUUGUAGUUUGUGUGAGGGCUUUCUCAAUGGUGACUGGCUGGCUAAAUAGCUAGUUGCUGAUGCUGGAUAGUUUCCGAAUCUCUUGCUAGAUAAAAAAAUAUAUGUUAUAACACACCUACAGUAUUUCCAAUAUGCCAUUGGCUUUUACUCUAUAAUAUUUUCUUGUUUGUGUUUCCCAAUGUAGGUCCCAGUUUAACUCUGUCCUCGCUGCGUCUCCUUGCUCCACCAUUACGCUUGAUGUCAGCAUUCAUGUGGCAAGUGGCUCAGCAGCAUAUUGUAAAGCAUUAUGGGAAGCUGGAGGAGUUUGUGACUUUGGUGACAGAGAUGGUUCCAGAGCUGCUGAGUUCUAGGCAGAGGACCCAACUCCUCCUGGGUCUGAGAGCAAGGGUGAGAGAGGUGGAAAUGCAGAGGAUUCUGAUAAAGUAUGGGCAGCUACUAGCUGCAAAUAGUACGUUUUCCCCUGGGGCUGCCUCUCACUUCUACCUCUUUUUCAGCUGGUUCUGGAGUUAUGUCGCAAUGAGAGCACAGCUGACCUCGUGACCAUUCAGCCUCACCUGGACAAAAUCCAUUAUUUGACAGAAUACGCUGUACACAAAGAGGUACGUUAACUUAUUUUGGCAACAUUUUAAAGUGAAGCAAAUAUGUUUUUAAGAUGUUUUCAGCCCAUAUGUUGAGGUUGAGUUCAUGUCCGAUGUCAUUUGUUUUGUUUGUUUAUGCUUACUGACAGAGUAAUGAUGAUGAGUUGGAGGCUACAGAGUCUAACUUUGUGGAGUUGGUCCAAACCCUGCUGGAAGACCCUUCUGAGAGGGAGCACUUCUUUCAGGUAAGAGAUCUUUGUCUCACAACUGGUAAUACUCACAACCUUCAGGUGCGUAUUUAAUGCAUCUGUAAGUGUCUUUUUUUGGCACAGCAGUCACGUCCAAGCCAAGUGUUGCUAUUAUUGACAUUGUUAAUUGCCCGCAUUACCAGGAGAUGAUUGCAGACUAUUCCACACAACAAAUGACCCCCGAAAGCCAUUGCCACCGGACUUAUUGUGUGUUAAAUUAUCUAUUUUUCAGGAGGUGUUGCCAGUACACUACGGCCCUCGGUAUGACACAGCACUGCAGGUACUGGUAUGGGAGUUCCUCUCCAGACUGGAGGAGCUGCUACCUGUACCAGACUUCACACAGGUACAGAUUAAAACAUUGCAGUUCUGCCCAUUUAAGUUUAAGUAUUAACCGCUGAUCACUGUUUUAAAAAAUGUGGGCCUGAGAACUAUGGAAUGUGAGCUAAAGGAAAACACCUACCCAAUGCACUAGGCUCUGGCAUGCAGAGAAGGGAGCAAAGGAUGCAUACCAAUGAUACACAGCGUUGAAUUCAAUGUCAUCUAAAGUGCUGAAAAAUAUUGAAAUACAAUCGAUUACAAAUUACAUAACCCUCCCCCAGACUGAAAUAGAAAAUGUGCUAUUUUCCCUGCUCCUCAGACAGCAGCAUGGCUCGGUGCUGCCGCCUCUGUCUUGGAGGAAUGUGGAAACACCAUCUUUGAUGCUGAAGAGCUGAAGACCCUUCUGCAGCACCAUCAGCAUCAAGGAAACCUGAAAAAGAGUAAGUCUCCAACCAGAAUGAUGUAUUUGUUACUGAGUAUGUUAAAUUGUUUGUCUGGUAAGUAGUGGAAGACGAUGUAUGGCAAGAGUGUAACUUAUUUGAUCAAUAUGUUCUCUUUCCUAGGUUAUUUCUCUUACUACACUGCAGAUACCAUCCUGUCCACACUGUCCCUCCCUCCAACAAUAAGAGUUGUCAUUAGCUCUGAGCAGGUAGUCUCUGACAAAACAAGGUCAUGCUCAGAUGGAGAUGAAUGCUUCAAGAAUGGGACAGAGCGAGUAGGAGAUGGAGAAGAGAGAGAAGGACCAUCUAAUGGGGGCAGAGAGGAGGAGGAAGAAGAUAGGCAGACUGAAGAGAACUGGGAAAAUAAAGACUACAAUGAAAGAAAUGAAGAAAAAAUGUAUUUAGAGCAACAAGAACAGAUUAAUGUUUUACCUGCAGAGACCUCUGAUCCGUGUAUCCCAGUACCCAGCAACGGUAACGACAUUCAAGUUAUUACUAAAAUAUUUGACUUUGUAUUGUACAGCCCUAAUUAUCACUUGUUUAUUUUAUCUGGUAUUAACAUGACAUUACUUUGUAAACAAUGGUACCAUCAUUUAAUUAUCAACUUGGAAUGAUUAACAGAAUCUGACAUUAUUGAUAACAAUUGGUAUGUCUUGUUCAUGGUAAUUAGCAACUUGGAAAUGAUUAACAGAAUCUGUAAAUUAUUGAUAACAAUUGGUAUGUCCUUGUGUUCUUUGCCUAAUGACUAACAUCAUAAUGCUUAUCUUAUUUUAUGUACUUUGUAAGUAAAUACCUGGUAAUCAGCAAGCUGUUCAAUGUAGUGUUACUAAAAUUGCUUUGUCAAAUGGUAAUUCAUUCAUCCGGGCAGAACAUCACUUCUUAAGCAAUCUGUCCUCCUGAUCUUGUCAUUGCAGGAUUGAAUAGUGACAUGUCAUCCCAGGUCCUCGCCUGCUCCCUCUGCCCAUUCUCUCACAGUGAUAUGGCAAAACUCCACCAGCACAUCAGGAUUAGGCAUCGAGGAGAGGACCGGAAGCUUCUACGCUCUAAAGAAUCUGGGACUGAUAAUUCCCAUCCUACACGCAGCACAAAACUACUUCACCAGCACAUCAGGACUAAGCACCAAGGAGAUGAACGGAAGCGUCAACACUCUGAAGAAUCUGGGACUGAAAACCUUCCCUCAAGCACAAACAAGAUCCCCUAUAGACCCAAUAACAUGACUCUAAGCUGCCCUCAUUGUGGGAAUGUUUACCAAAACCUCAACUCCCUGAAAAAACAUAUAAGAAUUCACACAUUUCCAUUCUGUUGUAACCAGUGUGAGAGAAGAUUUUCUACCAGAUUAGGUCUGAAAAGACAUCAGCGAGCUCACACAGGGGAAAGACCAUUCAAAUGCUCUCACUGUGACCGGAGAUUCAUGUGUGCAUAUUCACUCAAAAUGCAUGUACGCACACACACUGGGGAGCGUCCCUACUCUUGCACCAUUUGUGGGAAGACAUCUGUCCAACAUCUAGCAAGACACAUGCGGAUGCAUGCAGGGGAGAAAAACUAUUUAUGUAGCAUCUGUGGUAAGGCAUUCCUUAGCUCAGGAGAACUGAGGCUGCACACACGAUCACACACAGGAGAAUGCCCCUACACCUGUGAACAUUGCGGAAGGGGUUUCAAAGCAGCAUGCCAUCUUCAGAUUCAUAUACGAAGAUUUCACACAGGGGAGCGUCCAUACCCCUGCACCCUGUGCACAAAACGUUUUGUCAUUCUCAGGGAACUUAAAAGACACAUGUUAAUUCACACAGGUGAGAAAGCUCACCAGUGCUCCAAGUGUGGAAAGAGUUUUUCUUUAAAGGAAACUCUGAAAACACAUCUUAAAAGUCAUGGAUUUUAAGAGUUCUAGACAGAUCAUAUUAGUUAUGCAUAAAGUAUUGUAGACCGUAUUACUUCUUUCCCCCCAGGUCCGGCGUUAUGGGCGGGCCUUAGGGGGCCUGGCCCGCCCUACCGUACCUCCUUUCCCGUCCAAAUACAAUAUUGAAAUAUUUAUCAUUUAUUUGACCAAGAUGCGCGCCGACAGAAAGACUCAUCAAUCUAAGUUAAAGCACCCGAGCGAGCGAAACAGUGCCCCUCUGUCUCAGUAUGUGUAGACCAUGUAUCUGAUGCUGUCUGGACCAAAAGAGUAUGGCAUGUCAUACUAUUUCUGGCAAGACAGCAUCAGAUACAUGGGCUAUAUAUAGAGGGGUGCUGUUUUGCUCACUCGUAUGCUAUCUCUGUGACAUAGUUUCAGCAGAGAGGAAAAGGCGAAGCGAGAGGGCUCACUCUCGCCAAAAUGUGUCCAGAAUAAGAGACAAUUUAUGCUUCAUCCGAAAAUGUGGUCGGCGGCGCUGUAUGGAUGGUGUGACGCGGAGGGCUUCGUAUAGCUCCGCAGUGACAUGAUUGGUUGACAGGUGAGGGCGGGAGGUCCUAUAUAAACAAACUCACUUCCUUGACAACAGCUCUGCUCUGCUACGGGAUAUCUGCAUUGCUGCAUGGCCAAUGCAGAUGUCGGAUUGACCAUGCUGCUCCUUUUAGCCCAAUGCGUUUCUAUGGGCGUAAUAAGCAGACCUAAGCUUGUCACCUGCCUUUGCGACAAAGACUCCCAUUGUUUGGGGCGGAGACAUGACAAACUCGUCAUUAUAUACAAAUCUUUGGUUUCAGCCAAUUGCGAAUUGGAAAGGUAAAUUGGCGGGUGCAUUGUUAAAGGUCAAUCCGACGUCUACAUUGGCCUUGCAGCAUUUAUGGUGAUAGGGCCUCUGCAGAAGUCAGGGCAUUCAUACUUUAGGUGCUUAGCGGAGCAGUGCAGAGCUGUUGUGAAGGAAGUGAGUUUGUGUUUAUACAGGAUCUCCCGCCCCCACAUACCGCCAACCAAUCAUGUCAAUGUGGAGCUAUAAGGAGCCCUCCACAUUGUUACUACAUUUGGGAGGCGCACAGCUCCAGUUGGGCUAUGCAUGCCUCCAGAGGCGCUGCAAUUGCGUCACACCCUCCAUACGGAGCCUCCAACCACAUUUUCGGAUCAAGCAUAAAUUGGCUUUUAGGAUGCUGGAUUCCCCUAAAGUAAAUUUGUUUUGCCAAAAUUAUGUAAUUACUCCUGUCAAAAUAAAAUCAUUCAAAAUACUUCACCAAGGAGCAUGACUUAGCCACAGAGGAUCAUUCGCUUUAUUAAAAUUAUAGCUGUGGAUUGUUUCAAAUCACAAGUGUGUAGGCCUAUGCCUAUUUGGGAAGACCUCCAUUUGGGUAGUGUGCUUGACAAUAGGUCUAGCUGAUUUGGGUUGUGGCUGUCAGUGAUAAGACACAUUAUAUUUACACAUAUUUUAGAUGCUUGAGUAUAAUGUAAAAUGUUGCAACAAGAAGGGGGGGGGGGCGUGUAUGGCGAAGACAUGGCACCUCUCUCCAGAAUGCAUGUACUAAGCACUCCAGAAUGCGCUCUUGCUGUCUCCCGGCAAUUCUUCCGCAUUCAUUGUAUUCAGUGUUUCGUGUGAAUUGUUUGCCCUUUGAUUGUACUUUUCUUUUUAAUCAAUUCCCCAUUACAUAUGUCAUUAGUAGGCCUAGGAAAUGUACAGUUAAUCCCCCAUAAUUUGGUUACAUUAAUUUGUUAUAUGUACUAAUUAGUCAUUUACAGUUCUUCUCGGACUGGAAACGUUUUUAGCAGAGAUCACAACCUGCUACACUUGUGAGAACAAGUUUUGGUUUAUGUCAUAACCAUUACGAGUUUUGUAAAUGUUUUCAUUGUCUUUUGUUUGGAGUGCUCCAUGUGAGCAAUGAGAAUGUGUCUGGUUUUGAGGGAGCACGCCUGAGCAAGCACAGAAGUAGGCCUACCUGGCCUGCUGCGUGCAAAAGUAGGAAAGUGCCCAUUUGGCAAUGUCUGAUUUGUCAUAACUCACCACCUCCAUCACUAAUAUGCUGAUCUUCUCAGCCAUCUUUUAAUUUUUUCACCUUCCAUGGUAAGUCAACAAAGUGUUUUUUUAUUUAUUUUUUAUUACAUCCAUUGCGAAUGAUAGUUCCUCAGUAUUUUAAAAAAAUAUUUCCAACACUCCCGGCCUCAAUCACCAAGCCUCAGUGUGAAAAAAGCUCAAUAUCAUGAUGAUUCCAUAUAUCAAGUGAAACGACAUAAAAAAUAAAAUAAAACAUGUCCGUCUCGAGCUCACUGGUGCGGGAAACUUGAAUGCCCGGAAUAGGCUAGUUGUGUUGCAAAUUCGCUAGUGACAGCUCAAGUCAAGACAGAUAGAAAGGGAGGAAGACAGGCGGAGUAGAGAGAUUAAUUUUCAUCAGUAUCUUUUCUCCUGUUUUUAUUUGUCGGCUUUAGGCCUAUGUGUUUUUACUUAGUUGAUGAAGUUAAGUUUACUGCUGCAUUGGCCUAUAGGCUAUCUCUGAGUUCUAUGUGCUCAUUUUCUUUAGCCGCCCAUAUGGAUCACAGUGUAUUAAUGUGUCCAUUUGGCAGAGGCUGGUGCUCUUGCCUUAGAAUUCAACCAACUUUUACAUUUGUAUCCUUUUAAUUCAGAUUUGUAUGAUUCACCACACGUUUUUGAGAAAAUAAAACGUUAUUAUUGAAAUGAAACUGUUCCACAAAAAUGCUUGUAUAAAAAUAAUCAUAACUGGCAUGCAGAUCGGUAGAAAUGGGAGGAUAAAUUGUCAUUUUCUCCAAACUGCCUAUGGUCUUUACUAUAACACCCAUUUAAAACAUGGGCCCCGUGAAAAAACUUGCCCACCUAAGGAAAUCAAAGGCCCAUCCAACUGAUUCGUUCUGGCGCCGGCCCUGUUUCCCCUCUUUCUUUUUGACGGUAGGCUUAAUUUGAGAGAGAAAAAGUGUUUUAAUUUUUACUACAUAUUGAAACCAAGUAUUAAUAAAAGCAUUGUGAUUAACUGUUCCCUUUGCAUUUUGUUUUGUUGUUAACGCUUUAAAACCCUGCGUUGCCUCAACCAAUGGUUGCGCUCCACGUCAUCAACUGUGUCAUCGACUGACAGAUUACUAUAUGUGGUUAGCUGAUACUUAAAAUACCUAUCCAGGCGUUGUAAGAUCUGGCAUGCGUCAGCAACGCCUGGGUAGAGGAAAGCAUAUAUAUAAAUCAUUGUCUGUAUUCCAUCUAGUAGUCACACAACCAUCUCUGAAGUUGUGCCAAGUGAGGCAGACAUGCAAGGGAGGGGCAACUGUGAAUGCGUCGUAACUGUCAAAGUUGCGUCAAUUCAAAUCUGGCAUUAGGAACAAAAGAGGUCAACACGACUUCUAAGAUAUACUAGUUAUUUUAAUUAAUGCAAAAACCUUCAAUUUGGUAAAUAUGAUGUUUCGUAUAUACGGGCUCUUUGAAAUACCUUGCAGGGCACUCCAGAGAACUAAAUCCAUUGUUUCAGAUUGUUCUUCAAAUACUCUUACAGAGAGAGUUUCCCACCUCUCUGCUGGCCAAUCAAAGUAGAGACUUGAGCGUGGUUUAGACUUACUCAGCCUAUCCGUUGGCGCACAGGCUAGUCCCCCGCCUCUUAGCGCAUCCCUGUUUCCAGGCAUACGUUCAUCAUAACAACCUGUCAUAGUGAGAAGAGCCAGCUCCCCUAGACACCAUUCCUACGUCCAAGGAUGGUUCACAGAUCACAAAGGACCAGUAUAGUCUAGCAUUUGGAGACACAAAUCCUUAUCUCAUUUUACCCCCUAUAACAGCUCUUCACAUCAAUCACAGCUUGCCAGGUGUCACAACCUACAUUAGCCCAGUCAAGAAUGCAUUCUUUCUAAGUUAGUCAUCCCAUCAAUUUAGGAGAAUAAUACAUCUCUAAUAUAACCAAGUGGGAAGGAAGCAAAGUCUCCUCCCUCGCAAACGGAAACUCUCGGCAAAACCCCUUACUAUACUGUUCACUGUUUUAACUGGGUUUAACAGUUGCAGCCAACAGUAUUUUUCAGUGAAAACACGUUUGUGGUGUCUGUCUUCCGGUUUAUACACAGGUGAUCAGAGGUAGAAAACGAAUUAGCACAGGUAGUCCACUAUCUUCCAUCUGUUUUCAGUAAACAAGCACUGUAACAUCGAAAUAGGGUUGUGUGGGAACCCUAACCAUAUAAAGGUGUAUCAUUUGAAUCUUUGUAAAAAAGUAUUAUUACUUCUCGCCGAUAAGAAAGAUAAGGUCCUUAUACUUCCAAAGCCGUAUAGCUGUUAAUGUUCAGACCAAGCGUCGCGGCUCUUAACAAAACAACCCCCUACAGAAGACGCCUUCUGUCUGCAUUGCGCUAACAGACCGACUUCAGUCCAUGGACAAGAAUAAUUCCCAGGAGGAGGAAGGCAGGGAGAUUGAGGGUCUGGAACAAAUUGUAGCGUGUUCUCAGAUUCAGGAUGCACAGAAAAUUCAAGAGACAAUACACUGGUCCAAUGUGGAAAUAGCAGACCUCCAGAUCCGUGCGAAGGAGGAGAUUUGUGCACAGAUGUCUGGUACCAGACGGGACAGCAAGGUGUAUAGUAAGAUCGCAGUCAUACUCCACAGCAGGGGCAUAAAGCGGAGAAAAGACAAGGUCCACAGCUAACUGAAUAAUUUGAAGAGUCAAUAUAAGAAAAUAAAGGACAACAAUAGCCAAAGUUAUGGCGACUGUGACGACUGGCCAUAUUUGUCACUGUGUGACGCUAUCUGGGGAAGCAGUCUGUCCUCUAAUAAAAUUGCCACCAGCAGCAGCCAAGCGUCUAGUGAGUCCGAGGAGAUGGUCCGUGAUGAUGGUGACGAGUCCUGCUCUGGAAUAUUAGACAAUCCGCCUUAUUCCGAACAUUCUAAACCACACAAGGAGGAAGUGUCUACUUUUUUGCACGUCAGAGGCUCAUGGUGAGUUUUCAGAAACAGUAGCCAACUGAACUUGAACUAGUUCGGCAUCCCAGGUUAAAGCUACUGUAUUGAGAUGUAAAUGGGACACAUUAUCCAACCUGUGAACAUACCAAGAUUUGGACCUGGGUUAGAGACUGCUCUUUUUUCUGGUUUGUAGUGAUCUUGGAUAACCAGGGAUGGUCUCCCUGCAGUCUUCAGCACGGCAUGUUGUUCAAAUAUCAAUAUAUUAUUUUUCCGUAUGGGUAGCACUGAUAUGAGAGAAAGGGACACCAGCAAAAAGCAGCUGGUUAAGGUUAUUUAUUUUUCUCUAUGGACCCUGGUCAAACCUAGUGCACACAUCACUGACAAACUGAAAUGGUCCACCCACACAGACAGUGUUGUGAAGAAGGCACAACAGCGCCUCUUCAACCUCAGGAGGCUGAAUAAAUUUGGCUUGGCACCUAAAACCCUCACAAACUUUUACAGAUGCACAAAUAAGAGCAUCCUGUCGGGCUGUAUCACCUCCUGGUACGGCAACUGCACCGCCCGCUACCGCAGGGCUCUCCAGAGGGUGGUGCGGUCUGCCCAAUGAAUCACCGGGGGCAAACUACCAGCCCACCAGGACACCUACAGCACCCGAUGUCACAGGAAGGCCAAAAAGAUAAUCAAGGACAACAACCACCCGAGCCACUGCCUGUUCACCCUGCUAUCAUCCAGAAGGCGAGGUCAGUACAGGUGCAUCAAAGCUGGGACCGAGAGACUGAAAAACUCAAGGCCAUCAGACUGUUUUAUAGCCAUCACUAGCCGAUCAUUCAAGUGAUUUCCCACCAGGAACUUCAGGGUCUGAGGUGAUAAAUUAAGCUACUAUGCUGUUGGAGUUGACAUAACCUGAUCCCCCUGUAGAAGAGGAACAUUAUGGUAAGUUAGCUAGCUAACAUUGUUUUCCCGUUUGUGUCAGUGAUCUUAAAUGAAUCCCAAACCUACUAGCACUGACUUUGCUGAUAACUACUUUAUUGAGGGGAAAUGUACUUGCUACGACUGUGAUGAUAUGUGGUUGUCUCACCUAGCUAUCUUAUAAUGAAUGCACUAAUUGUAAGUCGCUGUGGAUAAUAGCGUCGGCUAAAUCACUAAAAUCUAAAUGUAUGCUCUCACAAUGGUUGCUGGCUACAUAGUUAGUUGCUGAAGCCCAAGCCAGAGAUAAAAAAUAAAAUAAUUAACCUAUGUUUUGGUUCACUAUGGGUCGGUACCCCUCCAAGCAUAUUCUUGGAUUAAAAUGCCCUUUCAAUAAAGAAUCUCAGUUAUUUGGUCUGUAUUUGACAUAAGGGAUUGCAGGCCUCUCCUAUCAUUGCUACGCAGACGACACACAAUUCAUCUUCUCCUUUCCCCCUUCUGAUAACCAGGUGGCGAAUCGCAUCUCUGCAUGUCUGGCAGACAUAUCAGUGUGGAUGACGGAUCACCACCUCAAGCUGAACCUCGGCAAGACGGAGCUGCUCUUCCUCCCGGGGAAGGACUGCCCGUUCCAUGAUCUCGCCAUCACGGUUGACAACUCUGUUGUGUCCUCCUCCCAGAGUGCAAAGAGCCUUGGCGUGACCCUGGACAACACCCUGUCGUUCUCCGCUAACAUCAAGGCGGUGACCCGAUCCUGUAGGUUCAUGCUCUACAACAUUCGCAGAGUGCGACCCUGCCUUACACAGGAAGCGGCACAGGUCCUAAUCCAGGCACUUGUCACCUCCCGUCUGGAUUACUGCAACUCGCUGUUGGCUGGGCUCCCUGCCUGUGCCAUUAAACCCCUACAACUCAUCCAGAACGCCGCAGCCCGUCUGGUGUUCAACCUUCCCAAGUUCUCUCACGUCACCCCGCUCCUCCGCACACUUCACUGGCUUCCAGUUGAAGCUCGCAUCUGCUACAAGACCAUGGUGCUUGCCUACGGAGCUGUGAGGGGAACGGCACCUCCGUACCUUCAGGCUCUGAUCAGUCCCUACACCCAAACGAGGGCAUUGCGUUCAUCCACCUCUGGCCUGCUGGCCCCCCUACCUCUGCGGAAGCACAGUUCCCGCUCAGCCCAGUCAAAACUGUUCGCUGAUCUGGCACCCCAAUGGUGGAACAAGCUUCCUCACGACACCAGGACAGCGGAGUCACUCACCACCUUCUGGAGACACUUGAAACCCCACCUCUUUAAGGAAUACCUGGGAUAGGAUAAAGUAAUCCUUCUACCCCCCCUUACCCCACCCCAAAGAAAAAAAUAAAAGAAAAAAAGAAUAUUGUAAAGUGGUUGUCCCACUGGCUAUCAUAAGGUGAAUGCACCAAUUUGUAAGUCGCUCUGGAUAAGAGCGUCUGCUAAAUGACGAAAAUGUAAAAUGUAAAAAUGGGUAUAGUGAGGAAAUACACAAUUAUUUCUCAAAUGUUCAUUCAAGUAUCUGUGUAGAACAACACCUCUUAUACAACAUGCCCUCCUAAUUCUGUCAUUGCAGGAUUGAAUGGUGAGCUGCCACCUGGGACUGAUGACCCCAUCCCCUCACACAGCACAAUAAUCCGCCAGCACAUCAGGACUACGCACCAAGGGGAGGAAUGGAAGUGUCUGCGCUCUGAAAAAUCUGGGACUGAUCACCCCCUUCCCACACGCAGCCCAAAAAGGAUCCCCUGGGCAUCCAAAAUCAAGGCCUACAAGUGCACUCAUUGUGGGAAGGUUUUCACAUUUCCAUUCCAUUGUAACCAGUGUGACAAAAGAUAUGCUUCUAAAAGUACUUCGAAAAUACACCAGCAAAAGCACACAGGAGAAAGACCAUACAAAUACUCUCACUGUGACAGGAGAUUCAAUAAUUCUCAGAUACUCACAUGUCAUAUACGCACACACACUGGGGAGCGUUCCUACAGUUGUACUACAGUGGGGGAAAAAAAGUAUUUAGUCAGCCACCAAUUGUGCAAGUUCUCCCACUUAAAAAGAUGAGAGAGGCCUGUAAUUUUCAUCAUAGGUACACGUCAACUAUGACAGACAAAAUGAGAAAAAAAAAUCCAGAAGAUCACAUUGUAGGAUUUUUAAUGAAUUGAUUUGCAAAUUAUGGUGGAAAAUAAGUAUUUGGUCACCUACAAACAAGCAAGAUUUCUGGCUCUCACAGACCUGUAACUUCUUCUUUAAGAGGCUCCUCUGUCCUCCAGUCGUUACCUGUAUUAAUGGCACCUGUUUGAACUUGUUAUCAGUAUAAAAGACACCUGUCCACAACCUCAAACAGUCACACUCCAAACUCCACUAUGGCCAAGACCAAAGAGCUGUCAAAGGACACCAGGAACACAAUUGUAGACCUGCACCAGGCUGGGAAGACAUAAUCUGCAAUAGGUAAGCAGCUUGGUUUGAAGAAAUCAACUGUGGGAGCAAAUAUUAGGAAAUGGAAGACAUACAAGACCACUGAUAAUCUCCCUCGAUCUGGGGCUCCACGCAAAAUCUCACCCCGUGGGGUCAAAAUGAUCACAAGAACGGUGAGCAAAAAUCCCAGAACCACACGGGGGGACCUAGUGAAUGACCUGCAGAGAGCUGGGACCAAAGUAACAAAGCCUACCAUCAGUAACACACUACGCCGCCAGGGACUCAAAUCCUGCAAUGCCAGACGUGUCCCCCUGCUUAAGCCAGUACAUGUCCAGGCCCGUCUGAAGUUUGCUAGAGUACAUCCAGAAGAGGAUUGGGAGAAUGUCAUAUGGUCAGAUGAAACCAAAAUAUAACUUUUUGGUAAAAACUCAACUCGUCGUGUUUGGAGGACAUAGAAUGCUGAGUUGCAUCCAAAGAACACCAUACCUACUGUGAAGCAUGGGGGUGGAAACAUCAUGCUUUGGGGCUGUUUUUCUGCAAAGGGACCAGGACGACUGAUCCGUGUAAAGGAAAGAAUGAAUGGGGCCAUGUAUCGUGAGAUUUUGAGUGAAAACCUCCUUCCAUCAGCAAGGGCAUUGAAGAUGAAACGUGGCUGGGUCUUUCAGCAUGACAAUGAUCCCAAACACACCGCCCGGGCAACGAAGGAGUGGCUUCGUAAGAAGCAUUUCAAGGUCCUGGAGUGGCCUAGCCAGUCUCCAGAUCUCAACCCCAUAGAAAAUCUUUGGAGGGAGUUGAAAGUCCGUGUUGCCCAGCGACAGCCCCAAAACAUCACUGCUCUAGAGGAGAUCUGCAUGGAGGAAUGGGCCAAAAUACCAGCAACAGUGUGUGAAAACCUUGUGAAGACUUACAGAAAACGUUUGACCUGUGUCAUUGCCAACAAAGGGUAUAUAACAAAGUAUUGAGAAACUUUUGUUAUUGACCAAAUACUUAUUUUCCACCAUAAUAUGCAAAUAAAUUCUUAAAAAAUCCUACAAUGUGAUUUUCUGGAUUUUCUUUCCUGAUUUUGUCUGUCAUAUUUGACGUGUACCUAUGAUGAAAAUUACAGGCCUCUCUCAUCUUUUUAAGUGGGAGAACUUGCACAAUUGGUGGCUGACUAAAUACUUUUUUUCCCCACUGUAUUUGUGGGAAGAAGUUUGGCCAACCUAGCAAGAUCCACGCUAAUGCAUGCAGGGGAGAAAAACGAUUUAUGUAGCAUCUGUGGUAAGGCAUUCCUUAGUUCAGGAGAACUGACGAUGCAUACACGAUUUCACACAGGAGAAUGUCCCUACACCUGUGAACAUUGUGGGAAGGGUUUCAAAGCUUAAUGCGAUCUUACGGUUCAUAUGCGAUCUUGCACAGGAGAGCGUCCAUACCCCUGCACCUUGUGCAUAAAACGUUUUGGCACUCUCAAUGAGCCACAUGUUUGUUCACACUGGUGAGAAACCUCACCAGUGCUUUAAGUGUGGGAGGAGAUAGUCUUAAAGUACAAUUCUGAAUACACAUCUUAAAAGUCAUAGAUUCUGCAGGUGAAGGCCUAAAUUAAAGAAAAGCUCAUUCACUUCUUAAACAAAACUUUAACAUUUUAGUCAUUUAGCAGACGCUCUUAUCCAGAGUGACUUACAGUUAGUGAGUGCAUACAUUUUCAUACUGGCCCCCUGUGGGAAACGAACCCACAACCCUGACGUUGCAAGCGCCAUGCUCUACCAACUGAGCUACAGGGGACUACAGCAAAGUGAUGAAACACUGGCCCGAAUUUGACAAAACUAUGCUGUGCUAUAACAAGAGAUUGAAAAUACAAACUUAAAAAAUUCGGUACUUAGGUCCCCUCUCCUCACAAGGAACAAAUUUGCCUCAGGGACCCAUAAAGUAAGCCAAGAUAGAUUUUCCGCCAUUUAGAAUUUUGUGAAAAGACUUCACGCUACUCUUCUUGCACCAAAUAACUGAUCUGCACGAAACUUGAUAUGUGGCAUCUAUGGAUAAAGGUCUCUCAAUGCAAUAUUUUCUAGACUAGUACCUAAAACAAAAUGGCCGCUAUUGACCAAUAAACAUUAAUGUGGGUGUGGUCUGGCACAUAAAUGCAUAUAAAUCAGUCAAGGGUGCUGCAUCAUUCGUGGGGAACAACAUGUUUACUGUUUCCUUGAAAUGGCGCUUUUGAGAGCACGGGCAGUGCCAUUGAGGCCAUCUCCAUUUUUAAGUAGUCCAUUUUCUUCUACUACUACUUCUAUGAGUUGGCAAACAAACUGAAAGGGUGCAUACUGCCACCAGGAAUGUGUUGUUUGAACAGAUAUAAAGCCAAGGUUGGCAAUUUACUGCUAUCUGCAUUUAUCUAAUUUUUGGUUACGAAUAUAAUUAAUUGGCUGAUCCCUCCUGGUGACCUGGAUGGAAUUAUAUGAUCCUUCUUUAACCCAUAUGAAGUCCCACCUACUUGACUACUUAAAAAUGGUAAAAGUCCUCAAUGGCGCUGACCAUGUUAAAAUGGGAUUUUGGGCGCUAGAAUCCUCUAUCUCUAUGCACACACACACAACAUGCUGCAGAACAGAAUUGAUGUGUGUCAGACUCGGAUCACGUGAAUUAAUUGGUGACACUAUUGUUUUCCUGCAGGGGGUUGGUUAGCAGACACACAACCACCGACUGUAAUCACAUUAAAGGACCAGUGCAGUCACAAAUGUGAUUUUCCUGUGUUUUAUAUACACUACAUGACCAAAAGUAUGUGGAUACCUGCUCGUCAAACAUCUCAUUCCAAAAUCAUGGCCAUUAAUAUGGAGUUGUUCCCCCCUUUGCUGCUAUAACAGCCGCCACUCUUCUGGGAAGGCUUUCCACUAGAUGUUGGAACAUUGCUGCGGGGACUUGCUUCCAUUCAGCCACAAGAGCAUUAGCGAAGUUGGGCACUGAUGUUGGGCGAUUAGGCCUAGCUCGCAGUCUGCGUUCCAAUUAAUCCCAAAGGUGUUCGAUGGGGUUGAGGACAGGGCUCCGUGAAGGCCAGUCAAGUUCUUUCACACCGAUCUCGACAAACCAUUUCUGUAUGGACCUCACUUUGUGCACAGGGGCAUUGUCAUGCUGAAACCUGAAAGGGCCUUUCCCAAACUGUUGCCACAAAGUUGUAAGCACAGAAUCGUCUAGGAUGUCAUUCUAUGCUGUAGCGUUAAGAUUCCCCUACACUGGAACUAAGGGUCCUAGCCCGAACCAUGAAAAACAGCCCCAGACCAUUAUUCCUCCUCCACCAAACUUUAUAGUUGGCACUAUGCAUUCGGGCAGGUAGCGUUCUCCUGGCAUCGGUACAUUACAGCUUUAUUCUAAAAUUGAUUAAAUUAAUUUUGUUCCUCAUCAAUCUACACACAAUACCCCAUAAUGACAAAGUGAAAACAGGGUUUUUAAAAUGUUUGCACAUUUAUUAAAACUAAAAAACAGAAGUACCUUAUUUACAUAAGUAUUCAGGCCCUUUGCUAUGAGACUCGAAAUUGAGCUCAGGUGCAUCCUGUUUCCAUUGAUCAUCCUUGAGAUGUUUCUACAACUUGAUUGGAGUCCACCUGUGGUAAAUUCAAUUGAUUGGACAUGAUUUGGAAAGGCACACACCUGUCUAUAUAAGGUCCCACAGUUGACAGUGCAUGUCAGAGCAAAAACCAAGCCAUGAGGUCGAAGGAAUUGUCCGUAGAGCUCCGAGACAGGAUUGUGUCGAGGCACAGAUCUGGGGAAGGGUACCAAAACAUUUCUCUAGCUUUGAAGGUCCCCAAGAACACAGUGGCCUCCAUCAUUCUUAAAUGGAAAAAGUUUGGAACCACCAAGACUCUUCCUAGUGCUGGCUGCCAGGCCAAACUGAGCAAUCAGGGGGAAAAGGGCCUUGGUCAGGGAGGUGACCAAGAACCCGAUGGUCACUCUGACAGAGCUCCAGAGUUCCUCUGUGGAGAUGGGAGAACCUUCCAGAAGGACAACCAUCUCUGCAGCACUCCACCAAUCAGGCCUUUAUGGUAGAGUGGCAAGACGGAAGCCACUCCUCAGUAAAAGGCACAUGACAACCCGCUUGGAGUUUGCCAAAAGGCACCUAAAGGACUCUCAGACAAGUUUGGACACACCUACUCAUCUCAGGGUUUUUCUUUCUUUUUACUAUUUUCUACAUUGUAUAGUAAUAGUGAAGACAUCAAAACUAUGAAAUAACACAUAUGGAAUCAUGUAGUAACCCAAAAAGUGUUAAACAAAUCAAAAUAUAUUUGAGAUUCUUCAAAGUAGCCACCCUUUGCCUUGAUGACAGCUUUGCACACGCUUGGCAUUCUCUCAACCAGCUUCAUGAGGUAGUCACCUGGAAUGCAUUUCAAUUAACAGGUGUGCCUUCUUAAAAGUUCAUUUGUGGAAUUUAUUUCCUUUUUAAUGCGUUUGAGCCAAUCAGUUGUGUUGUGACAAGGUAGGGGUGGUAUACAGAAGAUAGCUCUAUUUGGUAAAAUACCAUGUCCAUAUUAUGGCAAGAACAGCUCAAAUAAGCAAAGAGAAACGACAGUCCAUCAUUACUUUAAGACAUGAAGGUCAGUCAGUCCGGAAAAUUUCAAGAACUUUGAACGUUUCUUCAAGUGCAGUCGCAAAAACCAUAAAGCGCUAUGAUGAAACUGGCUCUCAUGAGGACCAACACAGGAAAGGAAGACCGAGAGUUCCCUCUGCUGCAGAGGAUAAGUUCGUGCUAGGCAGAAUAUUGUGAAAAGGGUUUUCUAUAAACUUCUAGAAAUGGCAAAUAAAUUACCAUGGAAAACACAAAAUCUCUGUCCGGUGCAUGCCAAUGGACACCUGAGGAGGUAGAGGUGUUGUUAACACGCUGGGCAGACGGAAGUGUUCAAGAGCAGCUUCUCUCUGCAGUGAGAAACGAGAGAGUCUUUACCUAAUUUAAUUCAGCGCUUGCUGCCCAAGGCUUUAUCAAAACAUCAACACAACAGUGCAGGUGGUCCAUGCCUGAUUUCCCACCAGAGGCGCAAGAUCCCGGUAACUUGGACUAAUGUCACUUUUCAGGGUUUUACACAAUGAUGUAUAUAAACCCUGGAUUACUGAUGGGUAUUGGCCAUUGAGAGGCUUUGAAGCCACCGUUCAGCCAUAUUGGCACUCCCCAGUAGAGCAGUCCUCCAUAGGAAUUAAAUGACAAAAUUACAAGUAUUUAAGUAUUUUUAUUGUUGUAGUGGACAGCAACAUUAGUAAUUAAAACAAUAUUUGGGUCAUUCUACAGAUUCGGUGACAUUUCAGUAUUGUCAGUGUCCCAAGAUGUACUAGUGUUAUAACUUGUCAGAACAUUUAUCAAACUACACUUAAAUUACAACAUUUCAAAGUUUUACAUGUUUUUAAUAUGGAGUAGAGAAUAUGAUUUUAAACAGAGAUGAAGUUUGCUUUUCUUAGGAGUAUUAAGAAUUUCGCCUGUCCCUAUUGACCAUCAUGCAAAUGGCGUGACUCAUUUUGAGUACACAGUGUUAAAUAAUAAUGCUUUUUUUUUGUUAAAUUAAUUGUAUAUGCCCCCUUAUUAUGCAUAAUCCAUUUUCUCAGCAUAAUACAUUUUAUUUUCUGAGAAAUUCAGGCUUUUACCCCUGUCCUUGUAUUUCUUUCAACCCCGUAACGCAACAAUACCCCCACUCACAAUUAAAUAAUGGUUUGAUCCUGUGGACAUCAUUUAUGAGGAAGUGACAUCAUACAAGUCUUCAGAGAAGCCUGGUGUGACAAGUGGUAAGCUGCUCUCUCACUUUUUAUAAAUAUUUCAUGUUUUUUAAGCACAUACAGUGGGGAAAAAAAGUAUUUAGUCAACCACCAAUUGUGCAAGUUCUCCCACUUAAAAAGAUGAGAGAGGCCUGUAAUUUUCAUCAUAGGUACACGUCAACUAUGACAGACAAAAUGAGAAAAAAAAUUCCAGAAAAUCACAUUGUAGGAUUUGUAAUGAAUUUAUUUGCAAAUUAUGGUGGAAAAUAAGUAUUUGGUCAAUAACAAAAGUUUCUCAAUACUUUGUUAUAUACCCUUUGUUGACAAUGACACAGGUCAAACGUUUUCUGUAAGUCUUCACAAGGUUUUCACACACUGUUGCUGGUAUUUUGGCCCAUUCCUCCAUGCAGAUCUCCUCUAGAGCAGUGAUGUUUUGGGGCUGUCGCUGGGCAACACAGACUUUCAACUCCCUCCAAAGAUUUUCUAUGGGGUUGAGAUCUGGAGACUGGCUAGGCCACUCCAGGACCUUGAAAUGCUUCUUACGAAGCCACUCCUUCGUUGCCCGGGCGGUGUGUUUGGGAUCAUUGUCAUGCUGAAAGACCCAGCCACGUUUCAUCUUCAAUGCCCUUGCUGAUGGAAGGAGGUUUUCACUCAAAAUCUCACGAUACAUGGCCCCAUUCAUUCUUUCCUUUACACGGAUCAGUCGUCCUGGUCCCUUUGCAGAAAAACAGCCCCAAAGCAUGAUGUUUCCACCCCCAUGCUUCACAGUAGGUAUGGUGUUCUUUGGAUGCAACUCAGCAUUCUUUGUCCUCCAAACACGACGAGUUGAGUUUUUACCAAAAAGUUAUAUUUUGGUUUCAUCUGACCAUAUGACAUUCUCCCAAUCCUCUUCUGGAUCAUCCAAAUGCACUCUAGAAAACUUCAGAUGGGCCUGGACAAGCAGGGGGACACGUCUGGCAGUGCAGGAUUUGAGUACCUGGCGGCGUAGUGUGUUACUGAUGGUAGGCUUUGUUACUUUGGUCCCAGUUCUCUGCAGGUCAUUCACUAGGUCCCCCCGUGUGGUUCUGGGAUUUUUGCUCACCGUUCUUGUGAUCAUUUUGACCCCACGGGGUGAGAUCUUGCGUGGAGCCCCAGAUCGAGGGAGAUUAUCAGUGGUCUUGUAUGUCUUCCAUUUCCUAAUAAUUGCUCCCACAGUUGAUUUCUUCAAACCAAGCUGCUUACCUAUUGCAGAUUCAGUCUUCCCAGCCUGGUGCAGGUCUACAAUUUUGUUUAUGGUGUCCUUUGACAGCUCUUUGGUCUUGGCCAUAGUGGAGUUUGGAGUGUGACUGUUUGAGGUUGUGGACAGGUGUCUUUUAUACUGAUAACAAGUUCAAACAGGUGCCAUUAAUACAGGUAACGAGUGGAGGACAGAGGAGCCUCUUAAAGAAGAAGUUACAGGUCUGUGAGAGCCAGAAAUCUUGCUUGUUUGUAGGUGACCAAAUACUUAUUUUCCACCAUAAUUUGCUAAUAAAUUCAUAAAAAAUCCUACAAUGUGAUUUUCUGGAUUUUCUUUUCUGAAUUUGUCUGUCAUAGUUGACGUGUACCUAUGAUGAAAAUUACAGGCCUCUCUCAUCUUUUUAAGUGGGAGAACUUGCACAAUUGGUGGCUGACUAAAUACUUUUUUUCCCCACUGUAUGGGCUUUGUCAAUCUCAGGUAUUCAACUCUGUUGGGGGGGGGGGGGGAAUUCAUAGUUAAGAUUUUACCAAGAAUUGUUUUUAUAGCUAUGAAGUAUAACAAUGUCUUUUGUUGAAUAAGGCCAUGUGGCACACUGCUAGCUGCUAGUAUCCCGAAUUAGCAACAGAUUAGCACAAAAUCUUCAACCCCAUCACAUUUUUCAAUGUUACAGGGUUGAAUGGCUGUUAAAUCUUAGCAAUAUUUAAUGUAUAUUGCUUAAUACAAUCAUAUUUUCUUGUUGAAUGUUUGUUGUUUACGGUUUUACAGUAUCAACUAAAAGUACGAGGAAUUUUUGAAAAUAAUAACUUUAAAAAAGUGACAAUUAAUUUGUUCUCUCUCCUAUAUACAUUGACAUAUUUAGGAGUAUUAUCUGCAAGUUCAUGUUCAUUUUAGUACAUAGUGAUUAAAAGGAUACAAUAUUUAGUCUUGAAGAGUAAGCAGGUCAUUGACUUGACCUUGACCUACAAUUUCAGAUUCAACAAUGGAAAAAACAGCAGCAGAAAGGAAACACACAUAGAGAGGAAGGUGAGGGACAUCCGCGCGCCGGUGGUCAGGUAAUUCUCCUGGAAAUGUAAGAUCUUUAAGACACGAGGUGGUGGUGGUCAUGGACACACAAUCAACAGAAAAUAAAGUUUUGUUGCUUUAAAGCAUAAUUUGGUAAUGCAUAAAAAGACUAGAGAAUGUAAAUGAAGACUAGUCUAAAAAGACAUACAGUAUACUGCCUUGGCAACUGGUGCGUGAGGGGUUCAUGUUCACUAGCCGACUGGUUUGUACUGACAUAUUUAGGAGUAUUAUCUGCAAGUUCACGUUCAUUUUACUACAUAGUGAUUAAAAGGAUACAGUAAUUAGUUUUGGAGAGUAAACUGGUCAUUGACUUGACCUUGACCUACAAUUUCAGAUUCAACAAUGGCAAAAACAGCAGCAGAAAGGCAAAGAUUUGCCAGUAGUUCCAUCCACAAUGCGGAUCCACCAAGUUGUUUGUGUGGCUGCAAGGCAAAUUGCCUACCGUGAUGUAAGCUGUAUGUGCACAGUCCACAACAAGAAACUGGAAUGCCAGUGUUUCAAUACACAACAUUUCACAUUUACCCCUAAAGUUACAUCAGUCGUGUCACAGAGGGAGGUUGAUUGGGCAAAUCCAGACAUAUGCGGGAAAUGGUGCGUGGCCAAAUAUGAUGACGAUUUCUAUCCCGGAAUAAUUCUAGCCACAGAUGAAUCCCAUGUGCAGGUCAAAUGCAUGUGCUGUGCUGGACCAAAUAGGUACUUCUGGCCACUUCUUGAUGAUAUCCUGUGGUAUCCAUUUGAGGACAUUUUGGAACACAUUGAUCCCCCUAAACCGGUGACUUCUAGGCACAUGGAAAUACAGAAGGAAGUGUGGGCUAGGCUCUCUCAGUAAAAAUGGUGAACAAACUGUAGGCUUACCUAUAGGUUAUUAAUGUUAAGAUGUUUGCUUAAUGUUCAAACAUUCAAACAACACAGACAUUCCUGCCAUUACUCUGGAUAUUUCUAUGAAAUCAAUGAAAUGUUGUAACUGUUGUUAGUUUAUUAAUGUGUUUUAAUCUGUCUAGAUUUCAUCUUGAUUGUUUAAACUUUAAAAGCUAUGUUGACAGUAGUUUAAAAUGUUAAAAAAUGGCAACAUGUGACCUAUAUAGGUUAUCAAUGUUAAGAUGUUUGCUCAAUGUUCAAACAGACUCCUGCCAUUAUCAGAUGGAUAUUUUUAUGAAAUCAAUGAAAUGUUGUUACUGUUAUUAGUUCAUUAAUGUGUUUUACUCUGUCUAGCUUUCAUCUAGAUUCUUUAGAUUUUAAAAGCUAUGUUGACAGUAGGUUUUAAAAUGUUUAAAAUGUUUAAAAAAUGGCAACAUGUUAGUGAUCUCAAAAGAUAAAACAUAUGACACGUGAUGCUUUUCACUCAACCCUGUUACAUGAUUUUCAACCCUGUUGCGGUGCAUUCAUCCUUGUUACGAGAUUAUUUUUUUACAUUUUUGUAUUAAAUACACAAAAUAUAACAUCAAUAGUGUUUUUAUUGUGUGUAUUAAAUCAGGGUAAAUAAGGCUAUUUCAAUUUUGUCAGGAAUUACGCAGCAUUCUUGCACAUUUCUUGCGAAAAUGUGGAGUUAGAUUAGAAAUUUCUUCAUCGUAAACUGGAAAGGAUGGUGCUGGUCAGUUUUUCUUGAUUUUCUCUUUAAUUACAAUAUGCCAUUAUUUACAAGGGACAUCUAAACUGUGAGAUUAUGCCAGAAGCUGAUCUCAAGCUUAUUGGAAAAAUGAAUAGUUGAAUAACAAAAUGACUGUGACGGGGUUGAAUUAAAUUGGGACUUGUUUGAGAAAAUAAUACAGAAUAAUAACUUAAUACUCUACAUUGAGAUGGGAAAAGGUAUUUUCUAUCAAGUACACACAUUACUUUGUCACAUCAAAUAAAAAAAAGCUUAAGAUUUUAAUGUUCAUUGUUUCAUCCUCCUCAAUCACAAAAGGCACCGAAUCUGUAGAAUGACCCAUAUACUUUAAGGAAAAUGUUUUUAUUUGUAUGUUUAGCUCACAGUAUAAUUUUAAAGUAUGCAUUAAGGUGUCUGUAAUAAAAUAAAUGUAGCAAAAACAAAUGUAGACAUUAAUAAAUGCAUUUCUAUAAAUAUUUUUUACAACGUGGGGGAGUGCCAAGAUGGAGGCAAGCCGGCUUCAACCCAGUGCCCCCUAUUAGUGAUCUAGUGUAUAUAUAAGUCUUUGGUUGACCCCAGUGCUUGGCCUGUAUUUCCACCACUGGAGGCCAGGCAAAAAAGUAUUGGACCAUGGCCUAUUUGCCUUUUUUUCAUCAUGGCAACACUGCUGUAACUUUCCAUGCGGUUUCCACAGUGGAGGCUGGUGGGAGAAGCUAUAGGAGGACAGGCUCAUUGGAAUGGCUGGAAUGGAAUAAAUGGAACAGAGUCAAACGUGAUUUCCAUAUGUUUGAUGAUAUUCGAUACCAUUCCAUUUAUUCUAUUCCAGCCAUUACUCCUCCCACCAGCCUCCACUGGUUUCCCAGUGUUAUAAGCUAAGUAACAUUAGGAAAUGGUGAAUGGUGUUUCCAUAGCUAAAGCUACUUGCAAGUGUAGGCUAACACUGCGUAUGUGAGCGUUAUACUGCUUUGCCCAGAGGCCCAGGCUUUUGUGGUACAGUCCGUUAGGCGCUCGCAUCUGCACCGUAGAAGCCUCGAUGCAGCUCUCUCUUCUUUCCCGCUACAUUGGUAGCAGUGGUGGGAAUGAAGCAGCUUGUGCCACAUAGGCUAAGACCAGGUCUCUGGGCAGAGGAAGUACAGUACAAAGCUCACAUAUACCGUGUUACACAAGCUUUGCUAGUUAUUGUGACCCUGUUUGUGUUGAGUACACAUGUUAUCUGGUGCUUCCACAGACAAGUCUCCAUCCAGUUGGAUGCCUGAUGAGGCCCACGGUUUCUUUAGUCAGCGUUCAGGAACUUCAGGGUCUGAGGGGAUAAAUUCAGCUUCUAGGCUGAAAAAGCAGAAGAUUAUGGUAAACUGAGAAACACUGAUCCAUUACAUUUUUAGUAAGCCUAAAUUACCUACGACCUUACCGGAAAACAUUUUAUCUGUGCUUACUAGUGUCUUUCAACUGAUCUGGUGCAUUCACAGAUUAAUCUCCAUCCCGCUGGACGCCUGAGAAGGUCCAUGCAUUGUUAACACUCUGGGCAGACAGGAGUGUUCAGGAGCAUCUCCUCUCUGGAUUGAGAAACAAGAGAGUCUUUACCAAACUUAGUUCAGAGCUCGCUGCCCUGGGGUUUAACAGGUCGUCAUAGAGGUGCAGAGAGAAAAUCAUAAAGCUGAAACAAGAGUACCAUAAAAUCAAGGACGACAAUAAGAAGAGAAGCUACAACCGCUGUAGAGAAAGAUGGUUUGCCAUCAUGGAUAGUGUCCUCCGUCACCAACCAAGUACUUUGGUAAUAGAUUCAGAUGGAAAGAUUUGGGAGUCAACUCAACCUGAUUCCCCACAAGAAGUCGAAGAUUCUGGUAAGUUAAGUUGUCUAGUACAGCAUCUACACUAGUGCACAUUUUUAAAACACUAACUUGGCCUGCGACUGCAAGCUCGGAAGUUAAUAUUGUUUGUCUGUUUGUCAACUUAUUGCUUGUAUCAGCAUUGGCACUGGACCUCGACUAACCUGUACCCCCGCACAGUGACUCAGUACCGGUACCCCCUGUAUAUAGCAUCGUUAUUGUUAUUUUAUUGUGUUACUUUUUAUUAUUUUUUACCUUAGUUUAUUUAGUAAAUAUUUCCUUAACUCAUUCUUGAACUGCCUUGUUUGUUAAGGGCUUGUAAGUAAGCAUUUCACGGUAAGGUCUACACCUGUUCUAUUCGGCGCAUGUGACAAAUACAAUUUGAUUUGAUUUGAUCUGGUGCUUCCCCAGACAAAUCUCCAUCCAGUUGGACACCUGAUGAGGUCCAUGGUUUCCUUGGUCACCGAAUAGGUACUUCCGCUGCUAUGAUAAAUUCCCCUACUAUGCUGUAGGAGUCGACUGAUUCCCCUCUAGAAGCAGAACAUUAUGGGAAGUCAUUUAGUAAUGUCUGCUAACCAUCUGAGGGACCAGACAGUAAAAUAGUCAGAUGUUGAGAAACACUUAUCUAGCACACCUUUUUGGAAAACUGCAUAAACUUGCUAGCUAACAUUGUUUGCCAGUUUGUAAGUGCUUUUAACUGAUCUGGAGCACUCACAGAUUAAUCUCGAGACAGCUGGUCACCUGAGGAGGUCCAUGCAUUGUUAACACUGGGCAGAUGGGAGUGUUCAGGAGCAGCUUCUCUCCGCAGUGAGAAACAAGAGAGUCUUUACCAAACUUAGUUCAGGGCUCGCUGCCCUCGGAUCUACGAAGACGUCUAAGCAGUGCAGAGAGAAAAUAAAAAAGCUGAAACAGGAAUACAAAAAAAAUCAAGACCUACACUAG